AAAAAGGCAGGAUGUCUGCUUUGCCAGCAGAAAGGCUCCACCUGUCCCGGGCAGGGAUGCUGUGCUCCUGGCAGGGCUGGUCAGUCCCCAGCAGCUGAGCAGGAAGGAAAGAAGAGACAAAGCAGUGAGCUGUGGCUGCUAACUGGCUACAGUUUGACCAGAGCCCUGUCUCUCGUUAUCUGAUUGUUUUCUAAUGUCUUCUGGGGUUUUCUGUUGCAGUUCUGGGUAUAAAAGCAGUUUUUAAGGCUGUUGCAGGUACAUAAUCUCAGUCACUGUUUUCCCUAGAAAGCAGAUGUAGGUUAUGUUUCAUGGCACUAGGCUAGUUGGGUAUUUGGUAGGCAACUAGGGAAACAGAAUAUUAGAAAGUGAUUUUCAGGGUUUCUAAUAUCCAAUCCGUAAAGUCUGCAGGAAAUGAGACAAGUCAUUUCAUUGCUGUUGAGGAACUGAGAAAAUACCCAUCUGUUACAAUGAUUUGGGUUCUUUGUGCUUUCUGAUAUGCAAACAGAUACAGUCCUCCACCAAUACUCAAAUUUGAAAAGGAACAGGCUCACAUCUUUUUUCUCAGAUGCAAGUCCUUCUAGAUAUUUUGACAUCUGUGUCUCAGUGUCUUUAAAAAAAAAAGUUUGUUUUUUUACUUCGCUUGUUGGAUUUAAUUAAACAGUAAAUCGUCAACUCUUUUGUUUCUUUCCAGGUUACUUUGAUGAUACUGAAUAAACAGAGGCUUGUUUUGUCUCUGAGAAAAUAGGGUUUGGCCUGGAUGUUUAAAUUGCUUCAUUAUAAAUGAAAAUAAGCUUCAGAAUUUCCUGAGCACUCUGUUCUCAGUAGCAGGAUUUCUGAGAAGAGGAAACUUGUCCAUUUUGUCAGACUGAGAUGAUUGUAAAAAGCUAUGGAUUUUUUACUGACUGGAUUUAAUUCCUCAAAUGUAUUUUUGCAGUGUACACUUUGUAAUGUUUACCAAAAACUUCAGGUUAAAGCAAAACCUUUAAUUCUUUAGAUUAUCUGUGUAGAAAAUACUUGGUGGCUAGAUGAGAAACUGAAUUUUCAGUAUGUAGUAUUUUCCAGAAAAUGCUCCCGGUUUAGUGACAGACUCUCUAGAGCCUGUGUUUGUGUCUCUGUGCAAUUACAGUGGAAAGUGAUAAUAUAUAAAGAGUAUGAUUUCUGCUUCUGUAGGUAGGCUGUAAUACACCAAAUAAAUCCAGCAAUUAAUAGGAAUGGUGCUUUGAUGCUGUGGGAGGGGCACUGGCUGUAGCCAUGCAGCAGAAUUUGGAGUGCAGCAGAGAUUCAAUUGCAGUGACCUGGCUGCUUCUGAGACAGCAUUGUCCCGAAGAACUGACAUUUCCCAGCCUCAGCUUUCCACUCACCUGUUAGAAUCCUAAAAACGUGUGUUGGGUUGGAUGCUUUUCUAUGGCAUGGUGGUUUCCAGCAGCUAAGGAAUUUAUUCUGUUGAGUUUAUUAUUCUUUGGCCAAGGUGGACAUAAAGCACUUGAUUUCUUUGUGUCACUCCUAAAACUUGAACACACCAUAACGUUUUUUCCCUCUGUUGUCUUAGCUGUAAAGGACCCUACAGCUGUAGAAAGAGCCAAUUUAUUGAACAUGGCCAAACUGAGCAUCAAAGGACUCAUUGAAUCAGCCUUGAGCUUCGGGCGCACUCUGGAUUCUGACUACCCACCUUUGCAGCAGUUCUUUGUUGUCAUGGAGCACUGCCUGAAGCAUGGCCUGAAAGUAAGAAAAUCCUUCCUAAGUUACAAUAAAACCAUCUGGGGUCCUCUGGAACUUGUGGAGAAAUUAUAUCCAGAAGCUGAGGAAAUAGCAGCAAGUGUCAGAGAUUUGCCUGGCCUUAAGACCCCCCUGGGCCGUGCCCGGGCCUGGUUGAGGUUAGCGCUGAUGCAGAAGAAAAUGGCCGAUUAUCUUCGCUGCUUAAUCAUUCAGAGAGACCUCCUCAGUGAGUUUUAUGAGUAUCAUGCCCUGAUGAUGGAGGAAGAAGGAGCAGUUAUUGUUGGGCUGUUAGUUGGGCUAAAUGUGAUUGAUGCCAACUUGUGUGUGAAGGGAGAAGACCUGGAUUCACAAGUGGGAGUAAUCGAUUUCUCUGUGUAUUUGAAGAGUGAUGAUGACAUUGGGGGUAAAGAAAGAAAUGUACAGAUUGCUGCAAUAUUGGACCAAAAGAAUUAUGUUGAGGAACUAAACAGGCAACUGAAUAGCACAGUUAGCAGUCUACAUGCAAGAGUUGACUCGCUGGAGAAAUCAAACACUAAACUGAUUGAAGAGUUAGCAAUAGCAAAAAACAAUAUAAUUAAACUUCAGGAAGAAAACCAUCAAUUGAGGAGUGAAAAUACUCUGAUUUUAAUGAAAACACAGCAUCAUCUAGAGGCAACUAAAGUGGAUGUGGAGGCAGAGCUGCAGACCUACAAGCACUCGAGGCAGGGCUUGGAUGAGAUGUACAACGAGGCUCGCAGGCAGCUCCGUGAGGAGGCACAGCUGCGCCAGGAUAUGGAGAAUGAGCUGGUGGUUCAAGUUAGCAUGAAACAUGAGAUAGAGCUUGCCAUGAAGCUGCUGGAGAAGGAUAUCCAUGAGAAGCAGGACACCCUCAUCGGCCUGAGGCAGCAGCUUGAUGAAGUCAAAGCAAUCAACGUGGAAAUGUACCAAAAGCUGCAGGUUUCUGAAGAUGCUAUGAAAGAAAAGAAUGAAAUCAUUAGUCGAUUAGAGGAUAAAACCAAUCAAAUUAAUGCAACUAUGAAACAACUAGAACAAAGAUUGCAGCAAGCAGAGAAGGCUCAAAUGGAGGCUGAGGCUGAGGAUGAGAAACUUAAACAGGAAUAUGUGAAUAAAUCUGAAAGCCUGCAGAACGAAUUCUCCCAGAAGGAGAAACAGCUGCUUCAGCUGGAAACAGAUCUGAAGAUAGAAAAAGAGUGGCGGCAAACCCUGGAGGAUGAUCUUCAGAAGGAAAAGGAAACUGUAUCUCAUCUGAGAACAGAGACCCAGCAAAUAGUUAACCUUAAGAAAGAGUUCCUUAAAGUUCAGGAGAAGAACAAGCAACUGAAAAGCAUUUGUGAGGACCAAGAAGCUGCUCUCCAAGAACUGGCAUCCAAGCUGAGCGAAUCAAAGCUGAAAAUAGAAGAUAUAAAAGAAGCGAACAAGGCACUGCAGGGCCAGGUUUGGUUGAAGGACAAAGAGGCCACUCAUUGCAAGCUAUGUGAAAAGGAAUUUUCGCUUUCCAAAAGGAAGCAUCACUGUAGGAACUGUGGGGAGAUCUUCUGCAAUGCCUGUUCUGACAAUGAGCUGCCUCUGCCCUCUUCACCAAAGCCUGUCCGUGUCUGUGACUCCUGCCAUGCAAUCCUUAUACAGAGGUGCUCUUCUAACGUGCCAUAAGGUGUUUAUUCAUUCUGGUGGUUAGCUCAUCCUGUACAAACCACACCACCAACUCCAGAAUGUACAGCAGUUAAUUCCAGGUUGAUUGCAGGUAAGCAGUGUAGAGUUGCAGUUUCAAGGCUCUGUGGAAGAGUUACUUCUCUGCUUCCUCUUGAAACAAAUGGAGACGAUGGGACCCAAAUGGAGAAAAUACACAUUGGAAAAAAACCCAGAUGGGUACAUUGGCAGCUUUUUUGGGAGGCAGCAGGGCAGUUUAUACAGGACAUUCAGUAUUAAAGUGUAUUGGAUGACUAUUUUAGUUGUUAAGAUGAUUUGGAGAAGGGCCAUACUCUUGAGGAUGAUGUGCCACAAAUCCAACCUAAUUGUGCCACAG